GUACUGUGACAUAUGAAUCAUCUAUUUUUAUACACAUCAAUAAACAAUAACUUGUAAAUAAGAUUUGAAUAGACCACCGUGCCUACGUUUGUGAUAAAGUGCUGUGAUAUAGAAUAAAAUUGUGAUCUUCAGUGAUAACUUAUAGUUUCCUUAGCGACAUGACAAUGAAAGUCAAGAUGCCGUGCAAAUUGUGCGAUUUAAUGCUAAAUCAACAAAAACUCAAAGACACUUGCAUCCAUUCUUCUACUUUUCUGAACACGUUUGGUUCCUCGCAUUUGGUUCCGUCUAUCGGAUUUGCAGUUCAGGACAGUCCAUUUAUACUCCCAGAACUCAAGGAUUCGAUGUUGGCCACCUACAUGCUAAGAGCGGGGUAUUAUCAACCGGCCGGUCCUUUGAUAACAGUACCUCCCUCGCACGGCCAACCGACUCAUCCUCCGCCACCGCCGCCAAUCAAAACUAUUUCUCUGUCGGAAACAUCACCGUCUUCGUCGACGACGCCGUCUGUAAUAUCGCACGACGUACCGCCUCCUCCACCCAGUUCCAACGGAGAUUCUUCGGAUAGUGAGGUGAUAAUUACUUCAGUAACCACGGCGAAAGACAGCGUACCGCCUCCAUCACACCCGCCUGCAGCUUAUAGGUACCAACAGUAUCCCGGCUAUUCCUAUUCAUACCCUCCUCACUCGUACCCCUAUCCAACACCACCGCCUAACUCGCCUUAUUCACAUCACGACAUGUGCUAUUCGCCCAAUCCUUAUGUCCACCAUAAAUACCCCAUAAGAAGAUACCUCACACAGUACUAUCCACCCCCCAAUCCGCCGGAGAUCUAUCAAGUGCCGCCUAGUGGUCCUUCAUCACAAAACCAACAGGUCGUAUCAGCCACUCCUCCAUCGGCCAACGGUGCAUCGUAUUCGAGCGCACCACCGCCAACAAUAAUGGAGACCUACGCACCUCCUCAAACUACGCUAGUGGAAAGCUACCAACCACCUCCACCAGCGCAUUACUACCCGCCACCAGUAUAUGGACCACCAACACCUCCUUGCUACUCUUCGAGAUCGAUUCCAUAUAUAAAUGCAUACCAGAGUAGCUGUCCGUGUCCAAUGCAGUCCUGUCCAAAAAACGUACUUACUGGACCUCUUACUGGUAAUUGUAAGAGGUCUAAUAUGUCUUCAAUUUCCAAGGACUCAAUGCCUUUACCUCCAGUCGCUAUAAUGCUUCCUCUUGAACCUGCAAGUGCAACGGGUCCACCUAGUCCUGCUCGAGGUUCAGCGGGAAUGCCACCUCCGCCGUCACCAGCUGGAGCUACGUACCAAGCGCCCCCAGUUUCGACGAAACAAGAAUCGAGUACGGCGGCAAAUCAAGAAGAUUGCAAAACGGAGAAGAAGCGAAAACCUAGGAUUGGCAAAGCGAUGGUCAGAGACAAUAUAGCAGCUAGUAUGCAGCAAAAUACCAUGCUGCUAAUGUGUAAUCCAUCUCAAAACUGUGUUAAACGGGAGAUUGAAAGCCCGAAGGAUUCAGAAAUUGAACAAAAAACAGAAAUCUCAGGCAAGGAAGUACAACCGUGUGAAAUAGACUUACUACAGGAUUCGUGUCUCAAAGAAGAUGAACCAGUGAAAGAAGAAUCUCAGUCACCAAUCUCGUUACCAUCAAAGGAAGAAGCUCCCCCAGAAGAACCAAAGGAAGAACCGCCUAAUCCACUUCCUCCAGUUAUAAACACAGUGGCAGAAAACGUUAAAGUGAAAAACAUGAAACGAAAACUGUCUAUGCUCUCCGACAAGGAACCUAGUCCAGAAAUCGUAAUGCCUCAAAAGAAAAGACAAAAAACCGGUUCUUACAAAUCAUUGAUCAAAAAGGAUACAAACGCAGUGAAAAUCAACAACGGUAAAAUAAAGCUCUUAGGAGAAAUGUCGAAACCUCGUCAAAACAGAGCGAAACUCAAGAAAUCUCUUAAGAGAAUGCACAGUAUGGAGAAUGAAGCGACAGUGAAACGACGGAAAGUUCCCAAAUUGCUUCCAAUAAACAAUUUCAAAUCAAAAGAAGUUAACCCGUCAACUGAAACCAAAGAAAAGAAAACAGUAUCGUUAAAAAAAGUCAAUUCUAAAUGCAGUUCUAAACCAGCAAGCGAGAAAGUGUCCGCGAGAAGUAAUGUAGAUAUAGUUAUAGAUAAUGUGAUCAGUGAUGCUUGUAUAAGGACACAGGAAGAGUGCGUCGGUAAAUCGGAAAAGUGUGCGAAAUCUCAAACGAACGGUCCGGUGUUAAAUAAGAAAAGUACAAAUAAAAGUGUGGUGUCGAAAAAACUCAAACUCAAUCCUAAGACGACAGAAAACACCAGGCGAAAAUCCAAAUCUAGUGAAGAAGUAAUACCACCUCCUGCGGCCAAGAUUGUCAGAAGAGUUUCGACUAUACCGAAGUGGUCAAACGGGUGGAUGUGGGAAGGAGAACCGUAUGAAGCAAAAGUAUUUUUAAAUAGCGACGAAUUGACUGUCUACAGAACGUGCUAUCCAGCAAUGAGGCACAGAGGAGGUGAUAAAAUCGUUCCUAGAGACUGCGUUCUUCUUAAAGCAGGACCACGUAAAAAUGAUCUACCGUUUGUAGCCAAAAUUGCUUCUUUAUGGGAGAAUCCAGAAGACGGUGAGAUGAUGAUGUCACUUUUAUGGUACUAUCGACCAGAACAUACGGAGCAAGGUAGGCUACCAGCUGAUCGACCAGACGAAGUAUUCGCUUCGAGGCACAAGGAUUCGAAUAGCGUGGCGUGCAUUGAUGACAAAUGUUAUGUUCUGACUUUUAACGAGUACUGCAGAUACCGCAAGACGUACAAACGCAUCGAGGCGGGAAUAGAGGAAGUCCUACCAUGCAUUCCCAACCCGGAACCAUAUCCAAGAUCUCACAGGCAACCUCCCAUGACUCUAGUAUCUCCCGAGAUGGUAUUCUUCUGCCGACGAGUGUACGACUUUAGGCAAAAGCGUAUUAUGAAAAAUCCUACUUAAGUUCUUUAUUAUUUUUCCUGUUAGAAUUGUUGAUGAUUUUCUAUUUUUAUUUUUUGUUAUUUGUGUUUGUAAUCGAGAUGCCAGGAGACGUCCCAAACUUUAUUUAUUGUUCAAAUAAUCAAAAACAAAAGACUACAGGGUUCUGAGGGAUAUGAACAUUUUACGUUGACUUUUAUCUGAAGUUUCUUUGAGAAAUCAGAGCCCGAAACACAUAUUUAUUGUCUAAAUUUGAUACCUACUUAUACAUAUUGUUGCAAAAAGGGAACAUUUGUAUAAAUAAAUUAUGAAUAAUGUUGUAUAGAGUAUAGAGAUUAUAUAUUUAACAUAUUUAUAAAUAGUCAAUAGUCUACGCAGGUAUAAAUGGUGUGUGCUUUCAUAGUAGUAGUUGUUUUUUUCAGUGUCGUAUUCUACAUAUUUUAUAAUUGUCAGUAUAGACGUUUGCUUAAGACUAUCACACACGGUACGGUUGAUUUUGAUAAAGAAAUUUGAUUGUUACCCAACCACGGUUAAUGUUCCUUUACGGGACCAGUGUUUUAUAUGAAAUUGUUUCUCGACAAAACUACAUAGGGUUAGAUGUGAUACAGAAUAAAAAAACUAUCAUCUUUUGUAUACUAAGGCCAAAAAUGCAUCAUUUUUGUUGAUGAAAAAUAUUAAUAAUAUUAAUACGUAUACAAAUGAUUGAAGAAUAGUCAUAUUUACUACUAGUCUAAAUACAACCUAUUAUAUUUGACACCGUCACAAUAAGAAAACAUAAUUUACCUGCAGUUAAUAAACCAAUUAUAAAAUUAUUUCGGACACUAUCAGUAAACAACCGAAAGAAAUAUCAAAUUAAUGAAAGAACCUAUACAUAGUAUACUUAAAUAGGUUUUGUCACCUUCUUAACACAAAACCGCCAACAAAACUUUCUUAUUGAAUUAUUACUGAACAAUUUGCAUAUUUCGCAAAAUACAGAAUAUUACACUUGCUAUCCAUCCUUCUUUUUAACAACAGAUCCAGGUCCUAUGAUAGGUGUUUCCAACUUUUUUUUAUCUAAUACAAGCCAUGGUGCUUGUACGAGCCUUCAACUGAAUUUCAUAGUAUUAUAACUACAUUAAACUUGGUAUUUACGGGAAUUAAUCAUAAAUAAAUUUAAAAAAACACGGGGGGGGGGAGGUUGAAAGAAGUAAAAGCUUCUCUUUUUCCAUUAGAUGUUUAAUUAAAAACUGUAUCAGUAAUUUUGUCCUUUCCCGCUGGUUCAUG